UCCUUUCCUGCCAUCCUAAUCCUCAGACACUCCACUCAACAUGGGCAAAUCCCUGGAACAAUAAUAUGCCCUUUUCUCUCUCCGUACUCAAGUGAAGAUCUAAGCUGUGGAUGAAGUGAUCUGAAGUUUAGGGGAAGAACGGCUGGCUCAUCCCACAGUGACAAACCAAAAGGAUGGAUCAGGUGAAAGGAAAGACCUCCCUUCCGAUGACUGCUUUGAAGCAUCCUACAGAACCUCAUGCCCCACCAUACUCCUCAUCAUAUGCUCCACAGUCGUAUGCUCCAGAGCCACAGGCCUCAAAAUCAUACACCUUAGAGCCACAGGCCCCCAAAUCGUAUGCUCCAGAUCCGUAUGCGCCACAUUCAUAUACCCCGGAUCCAUAUGCACCACAACCAUAUGCCCCGGAUCCGUAUGCACCAGAACCUUUCGCGCCAGAAAAUAUUGAAUAUUCAGACAGCUGUUCCUAUACUGUGGAAAUUAUUUCUGGUGAAUGUCCCUCCCCCCCACCCUAUUCGGCUGAAGACGUCCAUUGUGACCAAGUAGGACCAGCCUGCUGCUCAGGUACUAGCCAGCCACCAGUUGUGGUUGCUGGAAUCUUCUCAAGCAAACCGGCCUCGACCAUCUGCCCUUGUUGCCGCCAGAUCAUAACCACGGAGGUCGUCUACCGAGUAGGAUCUCUGACAUACGCGCUCUGCACCUGCUUGUGCCUGGUGGGCUGCUGCCUGGGCUGUUGCCUGGUGCCCUUUGCCUCCCGAUGCUGCAAGGACGUGGACCACUACUGCCCCUGCUGCCGGUACCACAUCUACCGCUACAAGAGGCUGUAGGACCUUCUGACAGCUGAAGGUCUGGCUAGGGGAGAAAUGGUGUCUCCUACAAUGAAAAGGGUGUUUGUCCGCAUGUGAAAGUCCCUUUCCUCAAUGGAUGUAUCCAUUCUGCAUUCUGUCUUGAAGGUGUGCCGGGAAUCAUCCUCCGCUAUUCAGCUGACCUUGCCUGCCCCUCAGCUGCUGUGCCGUGGUCUCUCGAACUCAGAUCUUAGGAAGACAGUUGCCCAUUGCUUGCACAAGCAGCUCCUCUGCUGUACCUUCCUUUCCCCCACACUGGCUCCCUCCAACGCUUCCUUUGAACUUUGACCUCAGAUUCCCUUUAAUUCCUGCCUAAAACCUGCUUGGAUCCUGCCCAAACUCUGAUUCAGCCAGAAAGUCACUUGUACAUUGGAAGCCACGUGGGAAAUCUUGUUUUGGAGAUCAUCAGAGUGAUGCUGUGCAUGAGAGAUUCUGGGUAAGGCAGUAACUUAUUUUGAUGAGAAACUUUUGCACUGUUUUAAAUUGAUGGACAAAAAUUAACAUGGCGCUGUACAGAAAAAAAAAAUUGAGGCCACCUUUUGCCUGUCUGUGGCUCUUCAUUUUCCUAUACAGAUUGAUUUAUAUUAAGCACAGCAGGAACACCAAGCGGAGACUGGAAUUCUUGAAAAAACAGGGUCGACAUACCUGUAACUUAUGUUCAUCGAGCUCUUCUGUGCUGACACACAUUGGGGGGGGGGGGAAUGCGCAGGCCGGCCGCCGGAGAAUUCUUUAUCGCUUCCAUAGCUCCGAAGGGGCCGUUUGUCGCGCGCCUCAGCGACUGUUUUCCCGCCCAAACGGUCACAUGUCCUUCCAGCGACCAACGGCCCCUUCCCUCAGUUCUCCCUUGCCGCUGCUAUCCAAUACACAGAGCCAUAAUCCUUUAAAACAUCAAUUUUUGUUAUAGUCAUCAUAUUUAUUAUUAUUUUGCAUUGGAAUUCACAGCGGGGCAGGAGGGAGGGAUGUGUGUCAGCACAGAAGAACUCGAUGAACAUAAGUUACAGGUAUGUUAACCCUGUUUUCAUCUUCGUUCUUCUGUGCCUCCACACAUGGGAGAGUACCAAGCUUCACACAAUAAGGAAGGUGGGGUGAAAUCCAACUCAA